GGCGGCCGGAACGGGCGGGGCGAUGCCGGCGUCCGGCGGGGACGGCCGGGUCUGAGGGGAGCAGCGGCCGCGGUCCCGCCGGCAGGUUGAUUCCGCUUUAGGAUAAUGGCAGGAAAAGUAAAGUGGGUAACUGACAUAGAAAAAUCUGUUCUAAUAAACAACUUUGAAAAAAGAGGAUGGAUUCAGGUGGCAGAAAAUGAAGACUGGAAUUUUUAUUGGAUGAGUGUCCAAACAAUCAGAAAUGUGUUCAGUGUGGAAACUGGAUACCGCCUCUCUGAUGACCAAAUUGUCAAUCAUUUCCCAAACCACUAUGAACUGACCAGAAAAGAUUUGAUGGUAAAGAACAUCAAGAGAUACAGAAAAGAACUUGAGAAAGAAGGAAGUCCUCUUGCAGAAAAGGAUGAAAAUGGAAAAUAUAUUUAUUUGGAUUUUGUUCCUGUGACUUUUAUGCUUCCUGCUGAUUAUAAUCUCUUUGUUGAAGAAUUCAGAAAGAAUCCUUCCAGCACAUGGAUUAUGAAACCUUGUGGCAAAGCUCAAGGAAAAGGAAUAUUUCUAAUCAAUAAACUCUCCCAAAUUAAAAAAUGGUCUCGAGACAGCAAAACAUCUUCGUUUGUGUCUCAGUCUUCCAAAGAAGCCUAUGUGAUUUCACUCUACAUCAACAAUCCCUUACUAAUUGGUGGAAAGAAAUUUGAUCUUCGUCUCUAUGUUUUGGUCUCUACCUAUCGUCCACUGAGAUGUUACAUGUAUAAGCUUGGAUUUUGCCGGUUUUGCACAGUGAAAUACACACCAAGUACAAGUGAACUGGAUAACAUGUUUGUACAUCUUACAAAUGUUGCCAUUCAGAAACAUGGGGAUGAUUACAACCAUAUCCAUGGAGGCAAGUGGACAGUGAGUAACUUACGCCUGUAUCUGGAGAGCACCCGUGGAAAGGAAGUCACCAACAAAUUGUUUGAUGAAAUCCACUGGAUAAUUGUGCAGUCCCUGAAGGCUGUUGCGCCUGUGAUGAAUAAUGAUAAACACUGCUUUGAGUGUUAUGGAUAUGACAUUAUCAUUGAUGACAAGCUUAAGCCCUGGCUAAUUGAGGUUAAUGCUUCGCCAUCUCUUACUUCCAGCACUGCUAAUGAUCGCAUCUUGAAGUAUAAUCUUAUUAAUGAUACGCUUAACAUUGCUGUGCCUAAUGGGGAAAUUCCUGACUGCAAAUGGAAUAAAUCUCCACCAAAAGAGGUUCUAGGCAAUUAUGAAGUCUUAUAUGAUGAAGAGAUGGCACAGAGCGAUGGGACUGAUCGUGACCCACGGGGUCGUCCUGGACAGUCCACAGGGGUCAAAGGAAGCCGUGCAAGAGAUUCAGGAAAGCCUGUCCUGACCACAUGGAAGUGAUGACAGAAAAAACAGCUGCACUCUUGGUAGGAAGACAUCAAGAAUAACUUGAAGUUUUGGAAUAGAUUCCUGUGUUUUGCUACAUUGCAUGUAGAAAAAGACAAAACAGCCUUUGAAAAGUGAAGCAAAUACUCAAAACCCAGAAACUGUAUUAGACAUACACUGACCUGAUAAUUAUUACAAUUCAUAUAGAGUGUGUAUAUCUAUACAAUUAUGUUUAUACAAUUUGUAUAAACUAAUUCUCAAUAAUGAUCAAGAACUUUCAUUAUAAAGCUGGCAACUCAAAAUGUGCAUUCUGAAAGAAAUUCCUUGCUGUUCUGGAUAGUAUUUAUUUCCUCUAGUAGCCUAUCCCUUCCUGCCUGUAAUAAAUGAGCUGUGGAUUCUAUAAAAGGGUGAUGGUGGUAAGUAUUAAUAUUUUCACAGUGAUGGUUCAGGUUCUUGUAGUAAAAGAAGAGCAACUAGAAAAAAAUAGCAGUACAUGUACUUGAGGUUAUUGCCAGUAAAUGCAGCUAUUGAUUUAUAACUAGUAUUAAUAAAUUGAAAAGCAAGUCUUUGUAUGCAGAGGGUUGGGAGUUUUUAUUUCCUUUAAGUGUUCUGAGGUGCUAACUCUUUAAAGGUAGGAAGUUUUAUGGACUGAGGGAGUAUUUCAAUGGUAUAUUGAUGGACUGCUUCAUUAGCCAUUUAUUUUUAUUUUUAGAUAGUGCGUGUCUGCAGAAAACAGACAGAACAACCAGAUACUGUGAUAAAUCUCACUGCUUGAAGCUGAUGAUAAAUCUUGAUUUGCACCAGAAUGUCUCAGUGUAUUUAUGCAUGUACAUACGUCAAAUACCUGCAUAUUUUUGUAUAUUUUAUUUAACAAAAAUACUGUUGCAUAUGGCAAGUUGGUAGCUAUGAUAAGAAAAUUUGUGAUGAUUAGCUACCAAAACUGAGAUGCAAAACUAAGGAGCAAAAGAUAAAAAUGGGUAUUCAGUCUUCUAACAGCAAAGUGUAUAAAUAAAUUAGUGGGGUCUGUGA